AGGCAGAAUACAUGGUCUGCGCUCAUAAAGCGCUCUGCGAGGAAUGAUAUAACUGGAUACACUGUUUUUCUUCCUAUUCUCGGAUUACCGAGAGUUUUUUGUUAUCUGCGUUCGUUUUUACUGCAUUGGAAAUGCUUUUGUCUUAAUGGUGCAGGAAACGACUUCGGACAGAACAAUGAGACGGCAAGUACUGUUGUUUUUCUCGGUCCUAUGUCUCAGCUACGUGCUCGGGCAGGUCAGCUAUUCAAUUCCCGAGGAAAUGACCAAAGGAUCUGUAGUUGGUAACAUAGCGAAUGAUUUAGGUUUAGAUCUUAAAAGGCUGAAAUCAGGUAAAGCUCGUGUCUAUACAGGAGCCAGUGUAGAAUACAUCGGGCUGAAUAAAGAAAGGGGAGUCCUCCUUAUCAAAGAGAGGAUAGACAGAGAGGCUUUAUGUGGAGAGACGACGCCUUGUGCUUUACAUUUCCAGUUAAUUCUGGAAAACCCAAUGGAAUUGUUUCGUGUAACGGUGGAGAUUACGGACAUAAACGAUAAUACCCCCAGUUUUACUAAUGCAGAAAAACGCUUUGAAAUCAGCGAGUCCGCUGUGAUAGGAUCGAAAUUCAUAUUAGAGAAAGCUAUUGAUUCUGACAUUGGCAAUAAUGGCUUACAACAAUACUCUCUUACUCCAACUGAUAACUUCGUAUUAAAACUAGAAAAUCAGGCAGACGGGAGUAAAAAGGUAGAGAUGGUUCUACAGAAGCCUUUAGAUCGAGAAAAGCAGGAAUACAUAUCGCUUUUAUUAACUGCUGUAGAUGGAGGAGAGCCACAGAUGUCAGGAACAAUGCAGAUAUUUGUCAAUGUAUUAGAUGCGAAUGACAACGCACCUACAUUCGCUAAACCGCUUUAUAGAGCAAAAAUACUAGAAAAUUCUCCCAAAGGCACCAGCGUAACUACCGUGAGUGCAUCUGAUAAAGACAUCGGCUCGAACAGAGAAGUGUCAUAUCUGAUAUCUACCAGCAAACGUGUUUUAUCUGAAUUAUUUAAGAUUAAUUCGAAAACUGGUGAAAUUAUCCUGAUCGGUGAACUAGAUUAUGAAAAGGCAAAAAACUAUCAAAUGGAUAUUGAAGCUGUAGACAGCGGUGGACUCUCUGAUUCAACAAAAGUAAUAGUUGAUGUUAUUGAUAUAAAUGAUAAUAAUCCUCAUAUAAACAUUGUUUCUAAAUCAGAAUCCAUAUUAGAGGACUCUCCUCCAAACACUGUUAUAGCUAUGUUAAGUGUAAAUGAUCCAGAUUCAGAGAAUAAUGGAGAGGUAGAGUGUAAUAUAGACGGUAACAUUCCCUUCAAAAUACAGACUACAUUAAAUGGAUUUUAUACUUUAGUUACAGAGGUAGCUUUAGAUAGAGAGCUCGCGUCCCAA